UACGAGCAUCAGCCCGGGGCCAGCAGUUCCACGGAUACCACCGUGGCCACUCACCGGGCUCGGGUCCACACAGUACCCUCGCCCCGCCGCUCCCGAGCAGCAUGCACAAGGCAGCCCCGACAGCAGCCUACUUGGGGGGGGACCCAGAGAACUUUGCUGGCAUCACCUACGCCCCUCCGCUGUCCCACGUCCACAGCUCGCUGACUAAGCGAGCCAGGAGGCGAUCCCGCCUCCAGCUACCCCAUGGCUUUCGCCAGGUCCCAGCCGAGAGAAGCCGACCUUGCUGCGAUUGUCCCGGGGGUGGAGGGAUCUCGGGCUGAUCACUCCGCCCAAAGCAAGCCUUGUUUCGCCCCCCAGCCCUGCGGCGUUGUCUCUAUUUGGGCCGGCCGGGCUAAGGGGAGGCCUGCAAAACUGGGCAGGAGGCUGGGCUCUGCCGAGCGCGACCGCUCUAACUGGCGCCUGUUUUCUUAAGCCGAAAGGCAAUGAAAGAGUAAUGAAAGGAGGAAAAAAACUCUGUAAAGCCAAAGGGGAAGAAAACACUUCACGACCGAAAGGCAGGGAGUGGCAAGGCGACCACGGACGAGCCCAGCUGUCCUUUGUCCCAUCUGCCCCCCUACUCCGCACGCCCCGUCGGGAGUCGGCGGGGCGGAGCGCCCCGAGGUUGGCAGGGGAGCGGUGAAGCUUCCGGCAACUUUUGCAGGCGAUUUUGGCGCUUCAGGAAGAAGAAGCCGGAUAGGAACCUGCCAAGCGGUUUCCAACCGGCGUCUGGCAGGAGUAACCCAACUUUUACCAGCUUCUUGUUCCUUCUCAUCGGCCCUCUCCUAGCAGUCUGUCAGAUCCCACCAGGAGCUCCGGCAGCCGUCCAGGGUGGACUUCUCCACAGCUGUGAAUCAUCUACCAGGCGGUCGGAGCAAGCAAGCGGCGGAUGCGAAGCACCUGCCCGAGCCCAGCACGCAACAUCAGGGAAAGUUUCAAAGGGAGAAGGAGCUGCCCGUCUGGAGAGGAGGCGAGUCGGGCUGAGCUGCAGGCGGAGCGAGGGUGCGUGCUGUGUCUGCUCCUCGUUUGCUUCUCCCGUCAGGCAGGCUGGCCGGGGCGAUGCAGCGCUGCUGGGAGAGCUCUUGGGAGCCGUUUUAAAAAAUAAUAAAAUAAAUCCUUCCUGGGUUUGAUUAAUUACAGCAAUCCCCUCCCCAGAAGAUCUGGAAAAGAGGAGAGUCACUUACCCCUCCCUCCGCCUUUCAGCAGCUGGCUCCUGCCCCCCACCCUCGCUUUCCACCCAUUUUCUCCACCUCCUUCUUCCCCCCCCGUUCGCUCCUGAGGCUGCGGCCAGAACCUCAGCGGGAGGAGGGCGGGCGAGGACUCUCCCAAGUUGGCCCCAGUUGGCAGCACUUAGGGCAGCGCGGGCUCUGGGGUAGCGCUCGGCGGUUGCCGCUGAACAAAGAAAUCCCCUUUCCCAAAGGAGCUGGCGGGCAGCGCGGGGCUGGCGCGGGUUCUGCUCCUGUCCCCGCCCGGCUCCGGCCUGGCGCCCCCGUGCUGGCCUCUCCCAGUGCCCCCGGUGCAGGCGCAGCCGCCCCUUCUCUUGGAGCUCCUCGAGCAACCUGGCGAGGGAAAGCGGCGCUCCACUUUCCUGCCAGCAUAGCUUCCUUCCAUCGCGCUCUCCUUUUUUUCUUUGGUGUUAUUUUCCUUUAAAAUUUUAUCCCCAGGCAGCUUCAGUGUGGGGGUUCCCUUUUUCCGCCCGAGGGGCGCCGGUGCCCGGCGUGGAGCGGGGCGUAUGGGGCGGCGUUUCAGGAGGAUUUCGCCUGCUUCUCGCUCCCCUGCCGGAUGCUGCCUGGGCUGUUUUGGCUGUUUUUCUUCGCUGGCGAUGAAGUCUCUGCCGUGAAGAUGGAGAUGAUCUGUUUUUUAUUCCUGUCUUUGGUGCCGGUCUACAGCAGGGGACAAGGGGUUUACGCUCCUGCACAGGCCCAAAUCAUCCAUGCUGGGCAGGCAUGCGUGGUGAAGGAGGACAACAUCAGCGAGCGUGUUUACACGAUUCGAGAGGGGGACACGCUGGUCCUGCAGUGUCUGGUCACAGGACACCCCCGGCCACAGGUGAGAUGGACCAAAACUGCCGGCAGCGCGUCGGACAAAUUCCAAGAGACGUCAGUGCUAAACGAGACCCUUCGCAUUGAGAAGAUCCAAAGGCUGCAGGGGGGCCGCUAUUACUGUAAAGCAGAAAAUGGGGUUGGGGUCCCUGCCAUCAAGUCCAUUCGAGUAGAUGUGCAGUAUCUAGAUGAACCUGUUCUCACCGUUCACCAGACCAUUAGUGAUGUACGUGGCAGCUUCUACCAGGAGAAGACUGUCUUCCUCCGCUGCACUGUCAACUCCAACCCACCAGCUCGCUUCAUCUGGAAACGGGGAGCCGAGACACUUUCCCACAGUCAGGACAAUGGCGUGGAUAUCUAUGAGCCCCUCUACACACAGGGUGAAACCAAAGUCCUGAAGCUGAAGAACUUGCGGCCCCAGGAUUACGCCAGCUACACGUGCCAGGUGUCCGUCCGCAAUGUCUGCAGCAUUCCUGACAAAUCCAUCACCUUCCAGCUCACAAACACCACAGCUCCACCUGCUCUGAAGCUGUCUGUCAAUGAAACACUGGUGGUCAACCCUGGCGACAACAUCACUAUGCAGUGCUCUCUGACGGGUGGUGAUCCGCAGCCAGAGGUGCUUUGGUCUCACUCUCCUGGCCCCAUGCCCCCCAGCAGCCUUGUGCAAGGAGGCAGCCUCACCAUUUGGAGGAUCCGUGUGGAAGACUCUGGCUACUACAAUUGCACAGCCAUCAACAAUGUGGGGAACCCAGCAAAGAAGACAGUGAACCUGCUGGUGAGGUCCAUGAAGAAUGCCACGUUCCAAAUCACCCCUGAUGUGAUCAAAGAGAGCGAGACCAUCCAGUUAGGACAAGACUUGAAGCUCUCAUGCCAUGUAGAUGCUGUUCCUCAGGAGAAGGUUGUCUAUUCCUGGUACAAGAAUGGUAAACCAGCCAGGUUCUCAGACCGACUGCUCAUCACUCGGAAUGACCCUGAGCUCCCACCUGUGACCUGCAGUUUGGAGAUUAUUGACCUGAGAUUCAGUGACUAUGGUACCUACCUGUGUGUGGCUACUUUCCAGGGAGCACCCAUUCCUGACCUCAGCGUGGAAGUGAACAUCUCCUCGGAGACAGUGCCACCAACCAUCAGCGUCCCUAAGGGUCAGUCCACCAUCACUGUCCGGGAGGGCUCCAGGGCUGAGCUGCAGUGUGAGGUUCGAGGGAAGCCCAAGCCUCCUAUCAUCUGGUCCCGGGUAGACAAGGAGACCCCCAUGCCUUCGGGAGCAAUGACCAUGGAGACGUAUGAUGGGAAGCUGCGCCUGGAGAGUGUGAGCCGAGAAAUGAGCGGCACCUAUAAGUGCCAGACAGCCAGGUACAAUGGCUUUAACAUCAGACCCCGGGAAGCUCUGGUGCAGCUCAACGUGCAGUUCCCCCCCGUGGUGGAACCAGGCUUCCAGGACGUGCGCCAGGGCAUGGGGCGCAGCGUCACCCUGCGCUGCACCAUGCUGAAGGGCAGCCCCAUGAAGGUGGCCACCUCUGUCUGGCGCUUCAAUGGGACUCUUCUGGCACAGCCCCUGGCAGAGCAGCAGGACUACUCUGAGCUGAAGGUGGACAGCAUUAGCCGAGAGACCAGCGGUACCUAUGAGUGCAGCAUUUCCAACGAUGUGGGGGUCUCCACCUGCCUCUUUCAGGUGUCUGCAAAAGCUUACAGCCCCGAGUUUUACUAUGACACUCCCAACCCUACCUUGAGCCAGAAGCAAUCCAAGAAUUACUCUUACGUGUUGCAGUGGACACAGAAAGAACCUGAUGCUGUGGAUCCCAUCCUCAAGUACCGCCUGGAAGUCCGGCAGCUGGCUCAGCGAAACACCAUCCAAACCUUCAUUCCUGUGCAGAAAAUGGAGAAGGGCCUGCUGCUGGAGCACAUCUUGCCCAACUUGAAAGUGCCUCAGAGCUAUGAAGUUCGUCUGACUCCCAUCACCAGCUUUGGGGCUGGAGAUAUGGCUGCCCGCAUCAUCCGGUACAUGGAACCAAUCAGCUAUCCCAACCCAACAGAUAACACCUGCCGCUUUGAGGAUGAGAAGAUCUGUGGCUUCAUGCAGGACAAGAUGGACAACUUUGACUGGACCCGUCAGAAUGCGCUGACCCAGAACCCCAAGCGCACCGUUAACACAGGGCCCCCCACGGACAUCAGCGGUACGCCAGAGGGUUAUUACAUGUUCAUUGAGGCAUCCCGGCCCCGCGUGACAGGAGACAGAGCCCGGCUCAUCAGCCCCCUCUACAACAUCACUGCCAAGUAUUACUGUGUCUCCUUCUACUACCACAUGUAUGGGAAGCACAUUGAACUCGAAAGCUGGUUUGCUCUCACAAUUUGACUAUAAAAUAUCCAUAGCCAUCCAGGCAAAUCUUCCCUGGGAGAGUUCCCAGACACUACUCGUUUAUAAUAGAUAUGACGAAAGAGAGAAACAGAAUACAAAUGGACUGUUUGUAGCCACGGCAUCAAAUAUUCAGCAACUGGCAGAGCAGGCUGGUGCUGAAUAUCUCUCAGCUGGAGAAGGGGAGAUCCCUGGAGGCAGUUCCUGUUCUUCUGGAGUUAUUUGGUCAUUGGUUUUCCUUCCUCUCGCCGCCUCUGGAGUGAACAUUCACACUGCCUCAUGAUUCUGCUGGCCCAAACACAAAAUCAAGGGAGAGGGACAGAGAGGAAUCCCGUUCCCACCAGGCGUUUAAGAAGGAGGCUGUCCUGCUCGCGGCAGGCACGGCUGUAUCGAAGGAGCAGCUGCUUGCUUGCUUCAGGAGAGACAGCUAGCCACAGCAGGCAGCAACCAGUUGCCAAGUUCAAAAAGCCUCUUUGUUGAGGCGGCUUGGUGAGUCAGCAUCACAGCCGGGAACAGAUUGUCAAGUCCUUAUUUCAGCCAUCAAACUCCUCUUCCUCCCUUCCCAGGGGAUGCCUGGGAGGGGAAUGCUUUGAGGGGACAGCGUGCCUGACAGACUGCUCUCACCAUGGUUCCCUGACACCUGUCUCUCAUGUCCUUUAGCUCAGUAGCGGCUAAGUUAAGAUCUGCACAGCCUCUGGCCUGGUGUGGAGUGCUCUUACCCUGCAGCAAGAGAUGCCUUCGUCAGACCCUGGGAGGGUGGUUGCUCAGAGA